GCUUUAAAAUGGAAGACCGGAGAAUCGAUCGACAAAGGAGUUGUAAGAACAAAGCUAAACCUCCAGCACCCAAUCCGCCCAACGGUAGUGACAAAAAGUCAACACAAGAAGUACACCCAUUUGGAAUCGAAGAUGACAAUGCCAAUUCUAACGACGGGACUGGUAGUGACGAUGGAAAUACUGUGACAAAGCAGCUCCGUAUGCUGACAUUUGCUAAUCCUGGAAAGUUUAUGGAUAACUUUGAUCCAGAAAGAAGUGCCAGAGAAAUGAGGAAGAUGAACAGAAGGAUAUACAGAGAGAAUAUCCGUAAGAACCAGCUGUAUGAUGAGACCGGUGUCCUACUUGACAACAGUCUCGAUCUCUGUGACUGCCUAGACAUGGAGUGUGAAGGUUGUCACUUUCCUUGUCCCAAGUGUGGCUCUGAAAAAUGUGGCACAGAAUGUCGCUGUUGUCGUAAGUGGUUUUACGAACAUGUGGAAGUAGAAGGCACUAAUUUGACAUUAAAGUGGCCAAUUCCAACACAGAUACCCACAACAACAAGUUAACGCCGGUGCAAUGCAUUCCAAUACUUGCUCUAAUGACAGCAAGUUAGUGCCAGUGGCCAUUUAAAACUCAGUCUUCCACAGCAAUUUAGCUAAGCUCUACUGACCUUUUCAAACACAGGCUCCAAAGACAAGUUAGUGCCAGUGGCCAUUUUCAACUCAGACUCCCAUGACAACAAGUCAGCAUAAGUGGCCUAUUCCAACCCCGACUCCAAUGACAAGUUAGCACUAGUGGCCUACCUCAACUUGGACUCCUGUGACAAUAAGUUAGUGUUAGUGGACUAUUCCAACACAGACUCCCACAACAAUAAGUUAGUGUCAGUGGACUAUUUCAACACAGACUACUGUGACAAUAAGUUGGUGUCAGUGGACUAUUCCAACACAGACUACUGUGACAAUAAGUUAGUGUCAGUGGACUAUUCUGACACUGACUACUGUGACAAGAAGUUAGUGUCAGUGGACUAUUCCAACACAGACUACUGUGACAAGAACUUAGUGUCAGUGGACUAUUCUGACACUGACUACUGUGACAAUAAGUUAGUGUCAGUGGACUAUUCUGACACAGACUACUGUGACAAGAACUUAGUGUUAGUGGACUAUUCUGACACAGACUACUGUGACAAGAAGUUAGUGUUAGUGGACUAUUCCAACACAGACUACUGUGACAAGAACUUAGUGUUAGUGGACUAUUCUGACACUGACUACUGUGACAAGAAGUUAGUGUCAGUGGACUAUUCCAACACUGACUACUGUGACAAUAAGUUAGUGUCAGUGGACUAUUCUGACACUGACUACUGUGACAAUAAGUUAGUGUCAGUGGACUAUUCCAACACUGACUACUGUGACAAUAAGUUAGUGUCAGUGGACUAUUCUGACACUGACUACUGUGACAAUAAGUUAGUGUCAGUGGACUAUUCCAACACAGACUACUGUGACAAGAACUUAGUGUCAGUGGACUAUUCUGACACUGACUACUGUGACAAUAAGUUAGUGUCAGUGGACUAUUCCAACACAGACUACUGUGACAAGAAGUUAGUGUCAGUGGACUAUUCCAACACAGACUACUGUGACAAGAAGUUAGUGCAAGUGGCUAGUGAUAUUGGAAAACAGACACCCAAAUUUUUGUGAUGUCUUUAUUACAAUGUCAUACUUAUUUAAAGAAUGUUUUUGAGAUGUGAUGAUUAUGGACAGGGCCACGUGCUUAUAAUACUUGGUAAUAGCUGGUUGAAGUUUUACCUAUCAGGAUUAGGUUGAUAUAUAUCUGAAAAGGAAUACAAGGUUGAUCUGACUUCAGGUAUCAAGUUUAUAUGUCAGUUAGUGUAAGGUUAAUCUUCACUUAUAUAAGGUCCCUCAGGAAAAUGUGCCUAUUUAAAGAUAGCUGCCUAUUAUUACAUUGUUUUGUGUAAUUGUCUUAAAACUCCUGUAAAAUGAACAGUCUUAUUUGAUUGUGGGACACCUUCACAGGGAUUAGCAAGGACGAGUCUAGAUAUAGAUGUGUAUUUUUAUUUUGAAAAUACUUAUGGGCAAUUUGAUCUUCAUUUGAUAUUUGAACAUUUUCUGUAUGGCAAUUUGGUCUUCAUUUAAUAUUUGAAAAUUUUUAGUAUGGCAAUUUGGUCUUCAUUUAAUAUUUGAACAUUUCUUCUUCUUCUUUAAUUAUGGAACCUCCGUCAAAAAUGACGAUUACGGUCACAGGAAGGAUCGUUGUAUGCUUUUAAAAGAAGUAAAAAAGUGCGGGGAUUUGGGUACAGUGAGAGUUUUUUUUUUUUUUAAAUUUUAGUGGAAACUAUAAGAUAAAAACAUUAUGAGGGUGUGUUUACGGUGUGUGUUUGAGAUCAUCAAGGGCUACAUUGUGUAUAUGUGCCUUGAAGAUCUCUAGUGUAGUGCAUUGUACUGCUGCCAUUUCUGUAUGGCAUUGAGAAUUUAGAUGAAAAUUUGAUCCCUGCACUUCUCAAUCACUCUUAUAUUGAAAGACCACAUGUGUUAUAAUGGACCAAGGUAAAUGUAUUCCAACGAAAUCUAUUGAGAGAAAAAAAAUGGAAAUACAUAGUCUGGAUAGUGUUAUGACUGGAGACAGUAAUGCACCUGGUGUGUAUAUGAACACUGAAUACCAGCUACUGUCAGAUUGGCAAGAUUGGUUUAUGAUUGCAAGUUUACUUUUAAUUUGUAUGUUGUAGAUGAUUUGAAGUCUAAUACAAAAGCUAUUUUUGAAAUAAAAACAUAUUCAUUUAA